UGUGUGUUUUUCGUUGAUCUGUUGCAGAGAGGACACGAAUGCAAGGCCACGCAUCGUUUGACUGUCGGCGUUCAUCUCAGAUUCGGUCCGUGCGUCAGCAAGAAGAGGUACAGACCGAAGUUCUGCGGUCACUGCGAGCUGCCCGGCUCCUACUGCAGACCUCUGUUAAGCACCACCGUGAAAGUCGACUUCGUCUGCGCCACUCCGACACCCGAUGAUACCGAAUCCGUGGACGACUUGCUCCCAGAAUUCCUCGAACCCGGCAGAGAUUUGUGGACGGAAGAGCAUCCGCCUGAAGACGGAAUAGUCGUGUCCACUUCUGUGCAAUGGGUACUGAAAUGCAGCUGCGAUACGAACGCACCGACAGCUUUGUUGCAUCGCGUCCACAGGACUGCAGCAUCGCCUUGAAGAAUACCAAAAGAAAGCGAAAAACAACAGCAACAACAAGAAAAUAUCAUAAAUAUAUAUACAAAUAUACAUAACACAUAUAUUCUAUUUUUGGUUAACAUAUAUAUCUAGUAGAUUCAAGGUUAUUGUAUUUAAAAAACAAACAAAGAAAGGAUAGAGUUAUUAUUGUAAGCGAAACGAUAAAAGAUCGUGCCUUUAUGUCUAAUUACAAACAAACAAACAAACAACAACGUUAAUCGCACACGUAUUUUUCUCUCCUAUUAAGUGUAGACGCAUUCAGUUCGAUCCAAAAUGAAAUAGUCUCGUGACGAUGAUGAUUUGUUGUGACUUCUAAAUGAGUUGAGGACCAAAUUUUUAGUAUAUAGUUUUUGUUUUGUUAGUUAGUUUUUUUUCUUCACUUUUUAAUCUAGAGAUCGACGCAUAUACAGGACGAAUGUUUAGUCAGAAUGUCUAGUCGUAAAUUGUAACCGAAACUGAUCGUUCCAAGUGUGCAUGUAAAUGUAGCAUUAUAGACACACCGUAAUAAUAAUACUAAUAAUACUAAUAAUAAAUUUGAAGAAGAAGAAAAAAAAACACUUGACGUUGACAGUUCAUGUACGUAACUACUGUAACCGUUUUCUUUCAAUAUAGUCGUAAUAGCGAAUAA